CAAUAUACAGAGUUGGUAACAUAUGUUGAUACUAUUGGGACCCAACACAUGAUUCCAAGUUUGUCCCGCUUUUCUUCGAACAAGUUCGAAUCUUUUUUCUUCCCGCCCGCCUAUAAUAUUAUUAUAGAAUAUCAUCAAUAUUAUAAAGUUUUAUCAAAUAUGCCGAUACAAAAAAUCGUAAUGAAGAAAAACGUGAUGAUAACACAUUUUCAUACGUUUGGAAGACCUAAAUAUUUUGUAUUUCUGGCCAACCAGACUGAUAUAUUUUUCAUGCCUGGUUCAAAUCACAGUAAAGUCAGGGUUGAUAUGUGGUGUGGAAUGCACUGCGCAUUUGCACAUCAAAUUGUUCAAAAUAUAACUCUAUACUUGUUUGACAAAUGGAAACGCCUGAAUGAAACUUGGCAAAUAAAUCAUGUUGCAAUUCCGGAUUUUCCGGAAAAAGAGAGCAUCAUAAAUCUGGGCAUUGUUAUUUAUAGAGAAGCAGAUGUUACUUAUAUUGAGAAUGUCGAUUCUGAUGCACGUAAAAUUAAAGUUAUUCACUUCAUAGCUCAGAAAGUAAUACAGGAAUGUUCUUAUUAUGAAAAUCCUCUUUGGCCGUUAUCCUCUCUGUUAAAUGAGGCUAUUGUCACAUUUCUUGGAUUAUAUGUCACCAAUCAGGCUAUUCCAAGUACUCGGAUGAUGGACUUGUUUGUGGUACAAUUUCAACAAGAAUCCCUUCAUUUCGAUACUGAAUAUAAUACAUCACUUUAUAAUACAUCAUUCAACAUUUCUUUUGAACAUUACAGUUACAUUAAAGUACCCGGCAUAUUGCGUAGAUUACAAAAACUGAUUACUAAAGAGAUAUUUUGGCAGAGUAUCCGUAUAUAUGUAAAGGACAACAAGCCAACUCUUAACUAUUUUGGUGAAAUUAUGAAGAAUCUUUCGUACAAUCAAAAGUCUACAUACAAGUCUACAUACAAUUUAACUCGUAUAAAGGAACUAACCACUAUGCUGCUCAAGUCUCCAAUAAAACGAAUAUAUUAUACUGUAAUGGAAGUAGUACGAGAUUAUAAAACUUAUUAUUAUUCUAUUAAACCGAUAAAAAGGUUGAUAUCAAAUUUAAAUAAGUCGGCGGAUGAUUACAUAUCGGAUUCUACAGAGUUGAAUAACUCUAUGAUAUAUAAUAUAGGACCGCCUGAGUUUCUGGUAUAUAAUUCAAAAGAAACUGGAUAUUAUCGAGUCAAUUACGAUAUCGAGAACUGGCGAAGAAUUACAAAUUAUCUAAAUUCUAAAAAUUAUAAUGAAAUACAUGUUUUGAAUCGUGCUCAAAUUAUCGAUGACGCUUUCCACUUAAUGAUAACAAACCAACUUAAUUCCACUGUAUUCUGGAAUAUUACAAAAUAUCUAUCACAAGAAACAGACUACGUGGCAUGGUAUCCUAUGUUCAAAGCUUUAGAAUAUCUGUCCAAUAUCUUUCUAUUUCAUGAAAAAAUAUAUUUUGAUAUCAAGGUGAAAGUGCUAAUCUUACUAAACAAGUUGCUUGAUUCACUUAAAUACAAUGAACUUGAUUCUAAUGAACACGAUCUUACAAAGAGUUUGAGAAUGGAGGCUGCGAAAUGGGCAUGUAAUCUUGAUGGUCGCAUAUGCAUAGAAACAGCCCAACAUAAAUUAAAUCGAUAUCUCGAAGAUCCCGAAAACAACACGAUUUUGCCAUGGUGGGAAGAAUGGACAUACUGUCAAGGUUUAAAAAUAUUAUACUAUUCUCUUGACAUUGAAGAUUCUCCUACCAAUAAAGAGUCUCCUUGGUGGAGAGUAUAUCAUCUGGGAAAAGAAAAAUUUAAAUCUAAACUUUUAAAAUUCCUCUCUUGCCCUGAGGAUUCAAAAUUUAUCAAACCAUAUCUUAAUCUAAUAAAAAAUGACAGUACAACAUCGAUUAUAUUUUUAAAAGAUUUUUCCGAUAAAGAUUAUAUUAAUUAUUUUCUUUUUACUAUCGCGAAGCAUGCAAGGAAUCCUGUAGUACUCGACUUCAUAUUAAAAGAACUUGAGAACAUAAGACCUAGACAAAUCAGCGAGUAUGCAACAUUAACUGUAAUUAUUAAUCAUGUGUAUUCCACACAUCAACUCGAAAAGAUAAACGACUUCUUCACAAAUAAAUUUUUUAACGUAACGCAAGUUCAAUUAAAUGAAUGUAAGAAGUUAUCGCCUUUAAAGGAAAGAAAUAUGAAAAUAAAGACAAGCAACAUCACACAAUCAGCAGUAUAUUUCAGAUGUAUGCAGCAACAUACUCCAAAUAUUGAAAGCAACAUACAAAUGCAAUAUAUUUCAAAUAUUGAAAGCAAGAUACAAAUGCGCUUUUUCGAAAUCAAAAGUCAACAGAAUUACUUUCAAAAUUUUGUCAAAUAUUCAGAGGGGUUUUUUCAGGAAAGCAACGCAUCAAUAAAUCCGUCUUGGUUAUGCUUAGUUUUGGGUAUUACGUUAUGCUAGUAACUCAUUAUCAUUACCGU